ACCAGAAGUGACUAAAAUACAUCUUUGACUGGAUCUUUGAAUAAAUCUAUGACUGGGUUUGGACAGUACUUGCUUUUUGAGCAAAACAAAGAAUGAUGCAAUCUGAACCUGGUAUUGCAUCAUACACCAUAUGAAUUGCAUCAUGUUAUUCCUAGAAGUCAUGAUGAUGCAAUCAUAACUCGGCUUAUAUCCCUCUGCUGAACAAAUUGCCCUAUAUCAGCUCUAGAAAUCAUACAGUGUUGUGCUCUCUUAUUCUGUUUAGCAGCUUUCCGCCUCUAGCCACGGACCAAGAUAUAGGAUGGGUCCAUCUCACACCAUCCCCUGAUCAACACCACCAGGAGAAAGUCUGGCAGUAACAAAGACAAAGACCCCUCAUAUAGCCUUUACAGACUGUUCGGGCAAGUGCUGUAACCGAGCACCUAUGAAGGCUGGCACGGUACACGAGGGGGUGUGUGGCCAGCACCACGCCCGAUUGUCUUUGUCUCCCCAGUGGGGAUGUCAUUUGAGGCUGAGUCGACCUCGAGGGAUGCCCAGGACCGGUUCAGAUACUCGUCACUGGUGUUGGUCGUGAGCGGGAAUCAACCUCGAGUAACCAGAGAAAGACCCAAUCAGAGCCAUUGGCUCCCCAUCUAUAAAAGUACGCGUUACAAGGGACAAGCAUUUAAGUCGGACGUUACGUUCAAACUUGAAAUCUGGGAACAUAAUUAAUAGGUACGUCUUGCAAUGAAAAACGAAACUAAAAUAUAAAAUGUCUUCCGUUAAUUAUGUAAUUGUAUUUACAUCUGUUGCGUGGCUUUUUUGUAUUUUAACAUAUAUUGCCGACCAAGGAAUGGUGCCGAAACAGUAAUUUAUCUUGAAUAUAUAAUCUCAGCAUAUCUAUCAAGGUAGCUCCAUUUCAAGAGGAAAGUGCACAUAUUUGAAACGUAUUUCUACCUGCACUUGCAGUCUUAUUACCACCUCAAUUUACACACCGCGUUUAACUUAAUAAAAAUAACAAUCUCCAAGCAUGGUAAAUUACAACCUGAGCAGGUGUUAUAUCAACGAGCUAUUCUCGCAAUAUACGGUGCCACUGCUGCUCAUGGAGACCGUUGUGGGUUUCCUGGGGAAUGCGUUCGCCUUGUGGAUUAUCGCUUGGCGCAUCAAGGAUUGGACCUGCUUCACGAUCUACAUGCUCAAUCUGGUGCUCAGCGACCUCCUGUUCGUGCUCGUCGCACCCGUGCGCUCCAUCUACUACAUGUACGACAACCAGUGGCCCUUCGGCGAGGCGGCGUGCGACAUGCUCAUCACCGUCACCUACAUCAGCCUCUACGGCAGCAUCUUCUUCCUGACGUGCAUCAGUGCCGAGCGCUACUUCGUGAUCGUUCACCCGACGAGAGCGUUCCGCAACCGCUCGCUCACCUCCGCCAAGCUGGUGAGCCUGGCCGGCUGGGUCACGGUGCUGGGUGGACAGCUCAGUCUGCCGUUCAUCUUCCACACGACCGCCGACGCACUGGACGCCAAUGCGACGCGCUGCAUGACCUUCAACUUAGAUGACCUCUACCCGAGCUACAACACGUGGAGCUCCGUGGUCACCAUCGCAUUCUUCUUAGUGCCCUUCACGGUCAUGAGCGUCUUCCACGGGCUCAUCACGCACAAUCUGCUCUACCAGGCGGCGCUCGGCGUGCGUGUGGCCAGGGCUCGGCGCAGAGCGGCCAGGCUGGUGGUGCUGGUGCAGCUGAUAGUGGCCAUCUGCUUCACGCCUCUGCACGUGGUGAGGCCCCUGAUGACCGCCAGCAGCAUGCUGACACCGACCAAAUGCGACCUGCUGCAGGACCUCGCUAAAGGCUUCUUCAUCAGCAUGUCCAUGAGCGGACUCAACAGCUGUCUCGACCCGCUGCUAUUCUACCACUCGAGCGGCAAGUUCAGGAAGGAGGCGAAGGCUGUGGUCAUGACCCUGCUCUGUCGAGGAUGUGUGUGCCCGGCUGGACCGAGGACGAGGAGCGAAAUGCAAGCGUCUGUCAUCGAUGUUGAGCCGUCGCUCAACUCCAAUCGUACUUGAGCAAUUUGACGUGCACGUGUCUCGUCAACAUCAAGGUGUUUUGCUUCAAAACUUAGCAUCUAGGCGGUGCUCAUCUCCUGUUUACAGCCCUGCUUUCAGGGGUGGACAACAAAUGUUAAUUUCGCCUAUACGAGAUACUUAUUUUACCGGCUCCGAAGGGACGAUGGGAUGAGUCAAACCAAGGUUUUCCACGCGCUUACUUUGCGUCCUCCUCCAUAUGGCUUUGAUAGUCAUGGACACCAUCGAGGGAAGCUGAAUGUAUGUCUGCUGUACCAGACUGUAAGUCUGCAUGCGAAGCCUCGGGUAUUAUUCACCGCUAAGCCGCAUGUCAAGCACGAGGAUAAGGGAACAAUGGGACAUUUCUGGGCAUUGUUGAGGAAAGUCUAUGGGUUUACUGGGGGAUUGAUUGGGCAGGACACAUCUACAGAAGGAAUGGUGGCUGAAGGACAAUACAGUAAGUCUACACUAUAAGUGAUAAACAUGAGAGACCCAGUCGUAAGUCACUUGCAAUCAAUUAUAUCAUCCAUGUUGGCAUCAUGACAGCCACAGUGGAGAUCGAUGAAAUAAGCUUGAGUGCAGAUCUUGGGUGGAUUGUUACAUCGCUGGAUCAUGGUAGACCUUCAUUCAUCCAGCAUGCUAAGAGACGAUUCCGUAUAUGCAUUACAGCAUUGUGACACAGAAGUAAGUGGGUUAGUAAGAAGUGGAGUGAAUUGGUCAUAUGAGGCCAGUAUAAACCAUGGCACGGGUAAAGAGCCACAUUGACUACCAUUCUAAGAGCCACGGGUCACAACCUGUAUUACACACUGGUACUUUACAGAGAAUGUGCCUAUUAUUACAGUAUAACGAUCUAUUUCAUUUGGCAGAUUCAUCACUGACUGGCGAGCAUGAAUAUAAAAUGUAUGAGGCUAUGACAAUGGUGGCAAGUACAGAAGUUGCUUUAAAUCGCCAUGUUUUUGUAUAUAAUGUGCAUUUCACUAUAUAUACAAAUUAUACAAAUGUGUCUCUUUUAGCUUGCUCGACUGUGGACUGAAUGUGUAUGUAUGGUUUAGGUUUCCAAUGUAAUCGAGGAUUAACUCUGGACUAUGCAUCGAUUCACUGGUAUCUCCUUGGCCAUCUCGCAAGGUGUAGACUUCUCUACGCUGUUCUUACGCUCCUGUACACCCCGUUUCAACAAGAGGCAGCCAGUGUGGAGACAUCACUAAAUCCCGAACGGGCUUUUGCAAAUUGACGGUGCAAGCAUACCCCACUCCAACUCUGCAUGUAGUGCCCACUCAUUAUUCACUGCCAAUUGACGGUUGAACACGUGAAUUACGGAACAACAUUCACGGACAUGCAGUAUUCAUUCAAGGUUAUUAUUAUGCUUGUUACCCGGGAAAUCCUCACUUAGUCUCGUGGCUAUCAGGAGGGUCCUGCCAAGUUUUUCGCACGAGAAGGCGAUAAUUUCUAUGUAUAUUCCAUUUGAGUCAAUUAUAAGUAAUUUUUCAAAUUUGGCAGAUGUGGACAGUCUCAGUAAAUAUACAAGGUUGGGUCAACAUUGGCACGUGGUUGAAACUGUUGGACCAACUUCUUGGCCCAACGUUCCAUGUUUACUGGGAUAAUACCUGCACGCAAUCGCAUUGUCUUUAACGUCAACUGUGACGCAGGUGGCACGUGUUUUCUGCUUAGCGCACCUGCAUUAUUAACCAGGGCAGCCGCUGGAUUUCAACCGUGAACCUCUGGUAGCUUAAGCGAACCGGCUACCGCUAGGCCACUUCACUGCUAGGUCAUGGCUUAUAAAAAAAAGUGGUUGAGUUAUUGGUGGUGGGAAAGACACAUUUACAAAAAGAAUGAUAACCGAUGGAUCAUACAUAUUGUAAUAUAAACAUACUAUGUGGUUCUUUCGGUAAAGUCAUGUUGGUAGAAAAAUAAAAUAAAACAGUGUAACAGUUCCACUGCUGGAUUAUUUUUCUUACCGCCCGAGGACGACCGCCUGCGUUGCGAUCGAAACGUCGCGAUAUAUUAUUUUUUGUUUUAUUUUAUUUUUCUACCUACGUGACUUUACCGAAAGAACCAAAGAGUGUGGAUUCCUGCAGUCACGAAAGCUUCAAAUUAAUAUAAACAUAUUAAAUCCAUACACGUUAAAUUAAUACAUAUGCAUAGUAGACAUUCAGUUAAUAUUAAUUUAACAUGGAGAUCUGAGGCUCAGUAAAACAAAGUGGCUCUCCGUUGGGUUUUUGGGUUGUAUUGUGUGUUGGAACUGAGAAAACUCCCAUUACAUGGGACGAAACGUCAGACAUUGUGCUGAACAACAUGCGGUGCAACUCAAAAACACAUUCAAGAGCUACAUAGCACCACAAAUUGUUAAAACAUAUGCAGUGGUAAGACAUGCACAUGAUGGAUUUAGCAAUAUGUGGCAUCACCUACAACUGGUGUCCAAAAAAAAGACCCGCGUUGACUUGCUUAGAGCCGUGGGCCACAAACAUGUAUGACCGAAUACUCAUACUGUGCACAUAUUUAUAAUGUAUCAUGUUACCAGCAACAGAUAUAAAAUUAAAUCUUGAGAAAGGCUAGCGAUAUAUGAGAAAAAUCAAUAUAUGUAAUGAGAUGUAUAAACUCAUUAUUAACUGAAAAUGUCUUAAAUUAUGCACAUCCAUGUUUGCAGAUUGCAUAGUUAAUUAUAAUUUUUUUUAAAAAUACAUUGACGUCAGAUUUGAGAAAAUAAUUGUGAGAUGUCAGAGAAAAUAGUCGAUCAUUUAGGGAUGGUCAAAAAACAUUGAUACAUCGGUAACAGAUGGUUCAGAUAUUUCAAUUAUUUGCACAUUGAUAUUGAUCCCUCUGAUACGAUCGAAACAUCGUUGUUUUCAUCUUCUUGGUUCUUUCGGUAAAGUCACGUAGAAGGGAAGUAAUAAAAUAAUAAAAAUAAAACAUAAUAAAACAAUUCUCACGACGUUUCGGCUACAACGCAAGCAGCCGUCUUCACCUGAAGACUUUACCGAAAAAACCAAGAAGAUGAAUCCCUGCAGUCACGAAAGCUUUAAAUCGAAAUCGUUGUUUUCCUUUCAAUGUUUUGCUGUUUUUAAUAUCAAUAAAAAAGCAUUAUUAAAAUAAAUAUUUGUUGAAAAUAAUUAACUUCCCGCUCCAAAUGUCUGUGACAGGUUUAUAUCCUGGAGAUAGGUUUCAAGUCAAUAUUCUGUUUAUUUUUUAAAGAUAUUAAUAAUUUGUUUUACUUAAUAGUAAACAUUUGUUUGGGAUAUGUAUAGUUCGUCCCUCUAAAUAGUUAAUAAAAAAAAACACAUGUCGUUCAAAUAUUUUAGUAUACAUCCAUGAUUUCAUUAAAGCAAUGAUUGUUCAAUGUUUAUUUAAUGUUCUAUCCCUACAUAAGAAAG